CUGGAUGAACUCGUGCUUGAGCAGUAAAAUGAAACAAUAAUGUUUUGUAACAAUUGUACAUUAGUACAGCAAUUGAAUUAUUCUAGCAUCGAGUUUUUGACGGGAGAAACAAACACAUUGUUCCAUUUCUUGCGAGUGCUAGUGGAAGAUGAUGAACUAAAGUUGAUAUGUUGCCACUCGGAACACCAAGCAGUAUACAUCUUCACAGAAUCUCUCAGAACCGCAUCAUUCCUCAAGCCAAGGAGUACGAUUGGAGUCCCAGAGCAGAAAGAUCUCUAAACUGAGCUCGUGUAGUUUAAGGGAGGGAAUGUUGGGAAAGUUGGUUUCAUUUGAAAAAAUCAAUUUACUUGAUCCAGUCCAUUACUGGGUUUUCUUAUUUUUACGGUAUCUGCUAUUUUUUUGCAUUCGGUGACGUAAAUUCCAUUUUCUGUGUCAUGUGCUCUGCAAUGCGUGAUGAAUACAAAUUGUUCUUUUUUCCCUUCAGUUUAUAUCUUCUUUCCGGUUCUAAGUGUUUUAUGUUAUGUUGAUUCAUGUGGCUUUCUUCUACAUUAUUCUUUCCUACCAAGUGUUCGACAAAAUUCUUGUAAGAGUUUUUCAAAAUCGAUUUUACUAAAUAGUUUUUGUAGAUCUUGAAGAUUUUUUGUCACAUGGUGCUUAAAGAUGUUAGAAGUAAGUGUCUUGUUGACUGAGUAUGAGUGAAUAUAAAAUCUCUAAAUUUCAUCUUGGAAUUCAUAGUCGGAUAGAGAGGCUCUUAAAAAGUCCGUUUUAGUGCAGGAAAGGCGAGUUUUUUUAAUUUUUGUUUCACUGCUCUUUUAAUCUUCAUCUUUUUAGUUUAGAGAGAGCGUGUGAUGCUAAAUAUUGUGCCCUUAUUUCACACAAAUUUACUUGGUUGUGUAGGCGUGUAGCUAGUUGAGUUUAUUCAAGUAUGGCUGCAAUAUCAUUAUGUUCAAGAAGAAACAUAUCUACUUUUUGUUAUCUCUUGGACAGAAGAAAGCAAACAGACAGCGAAAUUGUUAAAAUGUUUCAACUUGCAAGUACUAAAGCGAAUGCAACAAGCUAUCCAUUAAACCGAACAUCUUCACUAAGAAAUGGUGCUUCAAGAACGUUGGAUGAGAGAUUUAUAAGGAUCCUGAAGAUUUUCAAGUGGGGUCCUGAUGCAGAGAAGGCUUUAGAGGUCCUAAAGUUGAAAGUGGACUGUCAAUUGGUUCACGAGGUACUGAAAAUAGACGUGGAGGUGAGUAGCAAAAUUGCUUUUUUCAAGUGGGCCGGAAAAAGAAGGAACUUUGAGCACGACUCGACCACUUACCUGUCUUUAAUCCAUUGUCUAGAAGCUGAAGGGUUGACCGGCGAGUUAUGGAGGACAGUCCAAAAAAUGGCGAGUGGUCCUUUCGUUAUUUCCCCCAGUGAUCUCUCUGAGAUUGUAAGGAUUCUUGGGAGGGCAAAAAUGGUAAAUAAAGCCCUCAUUGCAUUUUACCAGAUCAAAGCUCGAAAGUGCAAGCCUACAGCAACAACGUAUAACUCGGUGAUUCUCAUGCUGAUGCAAGAAGGUCAGCACAAGAAAGUUUACGAGAUCUAUAACGAAAUGUGUGAAGACGGUAACUGUUUUCCAGACACAGUGACCUACACCGCACUGAUAUCAGCAUUUGUACGACUGGGUCAAGAUGAUUAUGCUCUCAGGUUGUUUGAUGAGAUGAAGGAAAAUGGUUUACACCCCACUGCAAAAAUAUACACAACCCUGUUAGGUGUUUAUUUCAAUAAACAUGGUAUUGAAAAGGCAUUAGGGUUAGUCAAUGAGAUGAAGGAAAAUGGUUGUGCUCCAACGGUUUAUACUUACACUGAAUUGAUCAAAGGAUUAGGAAAAUCUGGUCGGACUGAAGAAGCUUACUCUAUAUUCCUGAACAUUCUAAAAGAAGAUAGUGUUAAGCCUGAUGUAGUACUCAUAAACAAUGUCAUAAACAUUCUAGGAAAGGCUGGACGUUUAGAUGAUGCUCUUAAACUGUUUGAGGAAAUGGAGCUGUCCUUAAAAUGCUUUCCCAAUGUGGUGACAUAUAACACUAUUAUAAAAUCACUAUUCCAAUCCAAAUCUCAUGUGCCUGAAGUUUUAUCAUGGUUUGGGAAGAUGAAGGCAAGCGGUGUUGAUCCGAGCUCUUUCACUUAUUCAAUAUUCAUCGACGGGUAUUGCAAGACGAAUAGGGUUGAAAAGGCUUUGAUGUUACUUGAGGAGAUGGACGAGAAAGGGUUUCCUCCCUGCCCAGCUGCUUAUUGCAGCUUGAUAAACACACUCGGAAAAGCAAAACGGUAUGAAGCUGCAAAUGAGCUGUUCAAAGAGCUUAAGGAGAAUUGUGGGUCUUCAAGUGCUAGGGUAUAUGCUGUGAUGAUAAAGCAUUUUGGCAAAUGUGGACGUUUGAAUGAGGCCGUUGACCUUUUUGAAGAGAUGAAAAGGAUGGGAUGUGAUCCCGAUGUGUAUGCGUACAACGCUCUUAUGUCGGGGCUGGUAAGGGUGGGUUUGGUAGACGAAGCUCAUUCCUGGCUUCAGCGAAUGGCGGAGAAUGAGUGUGUUCGUCCUGAUAUUAACUCAUACAAUAUAAUCCUGAAUGGUUUGGCCAAGAAUGGUUGUGGUUCUACAAAACCUGCAAUUGACAUGUUUAUGAAAAUGAAGGAAUCGGGAGACAUUAAACCGGAUGCCGUCUCGUACAACACUGUUCUUGGAUGUCUCAGCCGUGCUGGUAUGUUUGAGGAGGCUGCAAGGUUGAUGAAAGAGAUGAAUGUAAAUGGUUUUGAAUACGAUGUUAUUACGUACAAAUCUAUUCUUGAAGCAGUCGGUCAGAUUGAUGAGGAUCUCACAAGAAGAGCAUUGUGAAAACUGUGCGUCCAAAAGCUCUAUACUUCAAUAUGCCUCAAAGGAAUGUAGGACUCCCUUUAACCUCCCUAUAUACACCAUUCUUCUUAAAAAAGGUUUGUCCUUUCCGAUCACAGUGUUCCCUAGGUUCAAAUUCAGGGAAUGACAUUUAGCGGCAAUCAUGUUAAGCAUGAGGUCACUGCAAGUACCCUGGUGCAAAUGUUACACCCUGCGAACUGUACUGUAUUCGUUAUCUGAUUUAACUCCUAAUUAACUGUUGGUUGGGGGCAGGGGGCACAGGGAUGGGGUUGAUCCUAUUAAGGAACAGCCUGCAUGCUCUUUAUUAUUUGUUCUGUACUAUGCCAAAUCCCAAAGUGGGAAACUGUCUGAAGAGUUGUUGAGAUACAUGAACCUUGUGAGCAGAUGGUUCAUGGUUGAUGCUUCUAUGGUCUUGAAACACAACAAUGACUUGCAAGAAUUUCAUCCAGUGUAUCCAUUGCUGCCAAAACAUCCUGACAUUAGUUCCAGUGAAUCCGUGGCUGCACUUUUACACACGUGGCCGGGUGUACUAGAUUAAUGGUAAACAUGACCUAUUAGGAAACAUUACCUAGAUAUCGUGUUCUCGAGAGAUUUUUUCCAGAAAAUAUAUAAAAAAAGAUGGAAAGGAGAGGGACAAAUUCUAUUACUCUUUUUUCCUUGCAUCAUCUCAUUCAUGUAUUCAUUCAUAGACAUUGGGGGAAAUAAUAAUGUUCUCAACUUAAAGGUCACCGAGUCACUGUAUAUGUUACAUUAGUUUUUCAUUUUAUCAUUAUUUUACAACUUUAGUUAACUGAAGUACUCCAUCA